AUGGGAAACAACUCCUUUCGAUAUAGCCAAGGAGGUAUCCAAGAGCUUAGCGUCAGCGUCAGAUGCUUUCAUUUCUCAGGUGGAUGGAGUGCUUUGGGACAUGUCAAGACCCUUGGAAGAUUUUCAGAGUCGUGGCCUACACAUCAAGACUUAAAAUCUAUUGGUAUGCUUCUCUACAUAUUGGAGUGUGUCACAGAGACAUCAAAAUCUUUUGGUGGGAGGCCUCUUUUCCCUGGUGAGAGUGGAGUCGGCCAGGUAGUGGAAAUCAUAAAGAAUUUGGUGAAGAAGCUUAAAGAUGUCUGA